AUGGCACGCUUCAAUACGAGUCGUACCAGGGUGUACAACUGGUACAUUUCUAUCGUGGCAGCCUCCUGCAUGGUGCUCUAUGGCUACGAUGCUUCCGUCUACAAUGCUGUCCAAGGCAGUUCUAAUUGGGUAGCGUACUUCAACGAUCCCGAUGCCAACAUCAUCGGCGCGGUCAACACUUCAUACACCGUGGGUGCAAUUGUCGCUGGCUUCUUCAUGGGCGGACCGAUCGCGGACUACUUUGGCAGAAGGGUUGGCAUGGCGUCUGGAUCUGUGUGCGUCAUCGUGGCCACCUUUAUGCAAACGUUCUCUCCGCGUGGCCAGAUUGGAUGCUUCAUUGCUGGUCGUGUGGUUGUUGGUAUUGGACAGGGCUUAGCACUCACUGCUGGCAGCAUCUACAUUGGGGAGUGUGCGCCACCGGAGAUCAGAGGUCAGAUCAUGACCUUCUGGCAGUGCUUUUACUCGGUUGGCUCCUUUAUAGCAUACUGGAUCAACUUCGCUUGCGCCAAGCACGUAGAAGGACUCGGCGAAUGGGACUGGAAGAUCGUCAUCAUAUUCCAACUUCUGAUGCCAAUCCUAAUCCUCGCCCAAGUCUUCUUCAUACCAGAAUCUCCUCGCUGGAGCGUAAAACACGAAAAGAUCGACCAGGCGCGACAUUCGCUUCGCCAGAUCCGCGCGACCGAACAAGAGGUGGAAGAUGAAGUCCUCAUGAUCAGAGAAGCAGUCGAAUUCGAAAAGGAGGCCAUUUCAUUCUCGUACACAGCACUCUGGAAAGAUCGCUCGGUCCGUAAGCGUCUGAUGCUUGCUUUCGUUCUCAAUGCUGGCCAGCAGAUUACUGGGCAAGGCUCUCUCAACACAUACAGCACCAUCGUGUACAAGAAAGUGUUCCAGAGCGAUUCGACGAUUGCUCUCAUCAACGCCCUGAACGCGACUUGUGGGAUCCUGUUCACCCUCAACGCCGCAUGGACGGCUGAUCGAUUCGGUCGCAAGUUCCUCUUCAUCGUCGGCGCAAUCGGCAUGGGCGUCUGCAUGAUCAUAGUCGCAUCAGUCGAAACUCAAACUCCAAAUCUACCAGAUGGCAGCAAGUCACACUCCGUCGCCAUCUCGAUCGUGUUCCUGCUCUUUUUGUUCAUCUUCUUCUACAAGCCGACCUGGGGAGCUACAGUCUGGAUCUGGACCUCCGAGGUGUUCAGCAUGAACGUUCGCGCACAGGCUGUGGGUAUGGCGAGUCAGACUCAGAACAUUGCGCAGGCGAUUGUUGGACAGUUCUUCCCGAUCUUCCUCAAGAACUGCGGUUUCUAUGCUUUCUACAUGUUCGCGGGCAUCAACGUCUUGCUUGCAGUCUUUGUGUGGUUCUUCGUCCCUGAGACUCGCAACGUUCUUCUGGAAGAGAUGGACACCAAGUUUGGUGGCUCAAAUCACGUUGAGAAAGGUGGACAGAUCAUGGGUCUUGAGGAUUCGCACCAUGUCGACAUUGAUGCCGACACCAAGAUGGCACACGCCGAGCAUGUGCAGGAUGUGAAGUCGUCCUCGUAG